AAUAAUAAGGAUACCAUCCAUGCACAAGCAAUCCUUUUUGCCCUUUUUACCACGUUCUCGAGCAUUUAAGAACAGCAUAACGGAAACCCUAAAAUUUGUUAGGGAUAGCGUAGAGGAUUUAUUGACAAAACGUGCCAUUGUGUAUACAGUAGACAAUUCAGCAGUUGCUAGAGGCUUUCCGUCGAGUUUAAUGUUAGUGGACGAAGAUGAACUUACGCAGAUGAAAGAUAAGGAAGAAGUAGAAGGUGAUUGGCGAAUUUUCAAGAAGAAGAAGUCUAUAAUCUUUCCGAUUCUCGUGUUUGGAUCGCUCCUUUUAACAUCGAUAUUGGCGCAUUUGAAAGUAUGCAAAAUACAAGCUGCUGGUCAAUAUGGUGGUGCUCAUACGCACCAUUCGCAUCCUUUUCAUUUAUGGUCCACUGCUGCGGAAUCAAGUGACUAUCCAACGGGAUAUGGACAAGACGACACUAAUUGGCACAGAAAUGAUUACCAACUAGGUUAUACGAAUUAUCAGUUGUUUCGCAAUCCUUACGGGUGAAAAUGUUGCAAACUAUCACCGAUCACUAGCGAAAAAUUCAUAUAAUUCUUUAUUUUGGAUAAUCUUAGUGAAGUGUGCGAAUCAGUUGUAUUGAGACACGCGAUAUUGUUAAUAUCUUAAUAAGUAAUGCAUUUGUGAUUGGAUUGAUUUUUAUAAUCUAUCUAAUCAUGAUAAUCGCGCGUAAUUUUCACUAAAAUUGUUCGUGGCGCAGUGAAUUGGUAUAUGCCGAGUGAAUUCCAAUCAACGUCGCCAAUGCUUAUCUCGGAUCCGUUCAUUUGCCGCCUAUCCUGCCGAAGAACACAUACUUGCGAAAUGACUUUCACAUAGCUUCUUACCGUUAUUUGUGAGGCACAUAUUGAUAUAUUUCCAGUCUCCGUAACUUUGUAGACUUUAAAAAAGGGCACGGUGUUAACGGUACAUCCGUCUUUUCUUUAAAUCCCACAUUAAUAGAGGACGCGUGAAAGAAAAAGGAAGAGAGAGAGAUAAAAGAUCUAUCUAUCACAAAGAUAGAGAGAUAAAACGCCUAUCUCUUAUAAAUUAUAAAAAUUAGAAACGGUUUGCGCAAAUAUGCAAUUAUUUAUAGUACCUACAAAGUGUCUGUUGACCUCUGACACUUAGCGUUGCGUUCGACACGCUUGUCCCAAGCGCGUUUCUUCACAAAAGCAGAAUUUUUUAAGAUGAGGAUCGACAGGUCGCCAGGUACCAGAUGACUACAAGAAUGAUUCGUGGUCAAGGUCACGUGCCGCCCGGAUAUUCGGUCGAGUACGAUGGCUCCUCUGACUGACCUACUGACAGAUUUGGACGAGCGCCCAGUUUCUGGCUCAAACACACGCGCGUAAGCUGGUUUGUGCGUGCCGCUGUGCUGUGUGUAUCUUGAUCGGCGUGUGUAUACACACGCGUGUGACUCGUACACGGUUCGAUCGAAGACCGUUAUCGGCUCGCAGACGAUGCACCGGCUCGCACCAAUCAUAUUCGUCGUUAAUACAUUUUAGACUUUAUGGAUGACGUUGUUACAUCCGAUAUACUAUUUUGCUCUCACCCUUUCCUUUUCUCGAUUUACCGCUCUCCUUAACCCACCGCGCGCUCAGCGAUAGGAUUAAUCUUACAAUUAAUUUUCUAUUAUUUUUUUGUUAUCACAUCUUCUAAUACGUAUCUUCAAAAUCAGAUGAUCGAUCUUUUCUAAAGAAAUGAUUUUCUCUUCACAUCGUUAGAAUUUUCCAUUAUUUUCAAUUAUAAGAAAAGAUACUAACAAUAAGCCUCUUAUAAAGGAUAUUAUAAGUGAAAAAAUGUGAGAACUUGUGAAGUCGUCGCUCCACUGACGAGCGACAUAUUGAUAACGAUGUUCACGCGGGCUUCAUGAAACGGUAGGAAAUGCGAAUCGGAAGCGACACAUUGCGCAUCGCUACGGAUAAGCGAUCGAUACGCGGCAUGCACUCGUCCACAGCAACUCGACCGUUACGUUCUUACGUUAUAUGCGAACGAAAAAGUCACAUUAACGUAACGGACCAUCGUCCAUGUCACGGCGCUCGACUUACGCAUCCGUACGUACGUCGAACGUAUCGUCUGUAUAUUGUACAAUUCAUAUAUGCGCGUAUGACGUAGAUGGAUGAUCAUGAACGGUAUGCGUUAAAUACCGGAGAUGUUUCUCAGGAUGUCAUAAAUGGAGUUCGCGGAAAGGAAAGGAGUGUCGGCAUGAAUGAUUUAAUUGAAGGUUUAGCUUAAAUAGUGAUCUGUCUCCUUUUUUAGAGGAAAUCAUUUUUGAAAUCGAAUGGAAUUAUAUAGCAUGAUAAAUAAAUGAUUCUCUGGGAAAACUCUUAGAUGAAAUGUGAACUUUUAGCACCGUUUCGCAAUGUACGAAUGCGUUUUCAGGUUUCAAUUCUCUGCUCGUCUGUGUAAAAAUGUUGAUAUCACAAGAUCGACAAAUCCGAUGCGUUUUGUGUAUAGAUUUAAUUUAAACUUUACAAAUUUAAUUUUUUUCCUAGAUACUUUUUAACAAUAUUAGUCAUAUAAGAUAUUGCUUGCGUCUUUGCGUGAAUGGAAUAAAAUGAGAAUAAGUAGGAGAAUGCUAUUAUAUAUAGUGUUGGUAAUCGAUCAUGUAUUUUUUAAUUUUCAUAAAUUUAGUUUCUAAAAUCUUUUUGACAAUCUUUUGUGAUUAAAAGCAGAUUGUGUGUUUAAUAUCAUUUUUUAUUCGUGAUUGUAAAUAUAAGUAAAAUAAAAUUGUAGAAUAAAUUAAUAUUGAGAAUAAAUUAAGGUUCUCCUUAUUUUUCCUCAAUUGAAAUGUGCACUAUAAUAUAUUGUACUUACGAAUUUCACGCUCUGCUUUGUGUCGAGAUUGUAACAUAUCGAUCGACCAACGAUUGUAAUAUAUUUACAUUGUUUGACGUAUAUGUUAAGAAUAGAAUAAGGUUGUAAAAAGAUUAUAUUAUUUUUUUUUCAUUAAAUCUUUGCGUUUAAAAAUAA